AUGGACAAACUGACACCUACGCAACCAAUGGAUAGAAAAACGACUGAACCUCGCCCGUCGGCGGCAAAAUGGACAUGCAGAAAACGCAAAUACAAGAAGAUGGACCAACAGCCGACUGCUCAAGGAGAUGGGACGUCGACUGCCAACGAAGCUGGCGACACGAGUAAGAACCAGGCAAUUACGAAUAAUCGUUCCAAGAACAAUCGUCGCACUUAUUGUGAGAGAAGACGUCAAGUCAAGUCCGAUUCUGAUGCUCCUCCGAAGGUCCGGAAUAACAAACGAUCGGAACGUUAUCAUGGGAAGAGAGAUUCAUCACAUUUUGCUUCACAGCAGAGUAGUGAAAACAAAUUAGCCAAUGGAAGGAAAACAAGAGACGAAAAAACUGCUGACGAUGUGUUCCAAGAUCCUCAACAGGGAACCGAAAAAGCAGCAUUUUCUAAGAAAAGGGUUUUUAGAAGAAGACGAGCAAGUGAUUCGAAGUCUGAGUUCCAAAAAGCUUUCGAACUCCUCGCCUGCGAACUGGCGAGUACUCUUUUCCCAAAAAAGGAUGCUGAGAAGAGUUGUGAAGGUCAACACCUCGAGAGCAAAAAUUCGGAGAAUACAGAGAAGUAUUACAGUACUGGGAGAAAUCGACGAGCAAGUGAGCCCGGAACUGCGAAGAAAGCCCAUCUCUCAGAAGAGAAAGACAAACGCGAACGAAGAGGAUGGAGAACACAGCGAAGCGAUUGUGGAACAAACUUAUCAGAGAAGAAGAAAAGACGGCCUUCUAAGAAUGAGUCUUCGGAAGGAAAAUCGACAACCUUGGAAGAUAGCGCAGUUGCCUCCGCAACUUUUAAAAGAAGGCUAGAGGAAAAGGCUCCGGUCGGAGAAAAGACAUCAGAGGAACCUGAAAAGGCAAGCACAGUCCCGGAUUCGCGUUCUACCGAGCUCAAUACACACAACUACUACACGCGUGUGAUGCAAUCACAUGGCGACAGUCGCAGGCAGCGAAGCGAUAACGACCGGAGGAAUGUUCAGAAGGGUUCUUCACGGUACGAUCCCUACCACAUCGAGAACAAUUCGAACAGGGACUGGAAGUGUAGAAGUGGCCCAAGUAAUUCCACUACAUGGAUGAGGAACAAUAGAGAUAAUUAUAAUCAACAUGAUGGAUGGCGUAAUUCAUCGUAUCGUGGCCAAAGAGGGCCAAUUAGGUCAUCAAGUUAUUUCCACCCGGUGGGAAAUGGGGAGCCUGCAUCCUUCCUCACGCUUUAUCCUCACUCUGACAAUUCAAGAAGACGCUGUUUCGAGCAAGAGAGGAACAAGAAGAAGGACUAUAGGCGCAGAGAUGAAAUUCGGAAGGAUGACAAAAAGGGCCAUCCGGAGGCAGAUUGCCCUCCUGCUAAGAACGCCGAUUCUGAUGAUACUGUCGAAAUGUCAGCAAACUCAGAAUCUAAUACACCGACAAAUGAUAAUGUGACGAGAGAGCAGACUACAGCGUUGACUCCAGGUGAAACAAUGACCUCUUCUCCAGAGCCAAAAGGUGUGUCUGGAGCAAUAACCAACGCUGACACGCCUUCUGAUACUAAGGGAACAGAACAAGACACUUCGGCUGGUGAC